CUUUUGGUAUGAGGAAUAUGGCAGCGUCCUGAGUCCAGUUGGGGGGAAUACGCCGUAACUGAGCACCUUCAGCAUCACACUGGGAAAACUGAGACGCACCGGGCACAGUCAGAGGAGGGUGGGGGGCUGAGGGACGGCUACGAAUAACACCCGUUAGCGAUUUUACAGGUCCUGUGAAAAGAUGAAUGUCGUCAAAGAAAACAGAGACCUGGCCUGUUUCUAUACUACCAAACACUCCUGGAGGGGAAAGUACAAGCGAGUCUUCUCAGUGGGGACACAUGGCAUUACCACUUACAACCCUACCACGCUAGAAGUAACAAAUCAGUGGACUUAUGGAGACAUCUGCGGUAUUGGCCCGGUAGGAAAAGGUCAGGGCACAGAGUUCAGCCUCACAUUCCGUAAAGGCAGCGGCAAGAAGUCGGAAACGCUCAAGUUUUCAACAGAGCACCGGACAGAGCUGCUCACAGAAGCACUGCGAUUCAGAACAGAGUUUUCCGAGGGAAAGAUAACUGGCAGGCGCUACAAUUGCUACAAGCACCACUGGAGUGACACAAGGAAGCCUGUGAGUUUAGAGGUGACACCAGGCGGCAUCGACCAGAUCGACCCCCACACUAACCGAGUGGUGUGUUCCUAUGAUUACCGAAAUGUAGAGGGCUUUGUCGAGGUCUCCGAUUACCAGGGAGGAUUUUGCAUCCUUUACGGGGGCUUCAGCAGACUGCAUCUGUUUGCCUCAGAGCAUCGAGAUGAAAUCAUUCGUAGUGCCAUAGAGCAUGCCGGGAACUUUAUUGGCAUUACUCUUCGAUUGAGGAAGGAGGCUCUAACUUUUGAGGGUUUCGUGACAGACAGGUUGGGGAAAUACAGCUCAGACGAGAGCAUAACUUCCCUAGCAGAGUUUGUGGUGCAGAAGAUCACCCCUCGACAUCCAGAGCCCGUUAAGCGUAUCCUGGCCCUGACAGAGACAUGUCUAGUGGAGAGAGACCCCGCUUCGUACAACAUAGUCACCAUCAAACCCUUUGGAGAGAUAUUUGCUCUCAUCUGUGAUGUGGAGAAUCCUCAGGUGUUUACCGUAGAAUUUAUCCGAGGCCAGAUCAGGAAGUUCUCCUCUACAGAAAGGGACUCCCUGUUAGCCAGCUUACUUGAUGGAGUCAGAGCAUCAGGCAACAGAGAUGUGUGUGUCAAGAUGGCUCCCACCCAGCGAGGACAGAGAUGGGGCCUACUGAGCAUGCCCGUGGAUGAAGAGGUGGAGAGUUUGCAUCUCAGGUUCCUGGCAGCACCUCCCAAUGGAAAUUUUGCAGAUGCAGUAUUCAGAUUCAACGCCAACAUAUCCUACAGUGGAGUGCUGCAUGCAGUAACCCAAGAUGGUCUUUUCUCUGAGAACAAAGAGAAGCUCAUCAACAAUGCCAUCCUGGCUCUUUUAAGCCAGGAUACAGAGCUGCCGGCUCUUAAUGCUGAACUGGAAAGCCAUUUUCAGGCCAUACGACGCUUGGUGGCAUCUAAGGCUGGCUUUCAAGCUUUCACCCAGCUGCCAAAGUUCAGGGAAAAGUUGGGAGUAAAGACGGUAAAAGCUUUAAAAAGGAACAACAAUGGCGUGACACAUGCUGCUAUAGACAUGCUCUGUGCUCUUAUGUGUCCGAUGCAUGAUGAUUAUGACCUGAGGCAGGAGCAGCUGAACAAGGCCUCACUGCUAUCCUCCAAGAAGUUCCUUGAAAACCUUCUUGAAAAAUUCAUUACUAAUGUGGACCAUGGAACAGGAGCUUUGGUCAUCAGCUCUUUGUUGGACUUUUUAACCUUUGCACUUUGCGCCCCCUACAGUGAAACCACUGAGGGGCAGCAGUUUGACAUGCUGCUUGAGAUGGCCGCCUCUAAUGGGCGAACACUUUUCAAACUAUUCCAGCAUCCUUCUAUGGCUAUAGUGAAGGGAGCAGGUCUGGUGAUGAAAGCUAUUAUUGAGGAGGGAGACAAGGAAAUAGCCACCAAGAUGCAGGAGCUGGCCUUGAGUGAAGGGGCGCUGCCGAGACAUCUGCACACAUCUCUGUUCACCAUUAGUGCAGACCAGCGGAUGCUUACCAACAGACAACUGAGUCGUCACCUGGUGGGACUGUGGACAGCAGAGAACCCUGUAGCAAUAAACCUUCUCAAGAGGAUACUGCCAACAGGCCUGUUGGCAUACCUGGACAGUCCUGACCCUGUCCCAGAGAAAGAUGUGGACAGAAUGCACGUCCGUGACAACUUGAAAAUCGCUACGGACCAGCUGAAUCGAAACAAGGUGCCCGAAUGGCAGCGGAUAGCAGGCAAAGCAGCCAAAGAAGUGGAGAAGUUUGCCAAGGAGAAAGCUGAUCUCGUGCUGAUGCACUGGAGAGAUAAAAUGGGCAUAGCCCAGAAGGAGCAGGACAGAAAUAACCUGAAUCCAAACCAAAAACCUGUCAUCCUGAGAAAGAGGAGGCAGAGGAUAAAGAUUGAAGCAAACUGGGAGCUCUUCUACUACAGAUUCCAGCUUGACCAUGCGCGCUCCAACCUCAUCUGGAACUUUAAAACAAGGGAGGAACUUCGUGAUGCCCUGGAAGGGGAGAUGCGUUCCUUCGGCGUGGACCGCGAGCUGGGCAGUGCCACAGUUAUCUCCUGGAACCAUCAGGAGUUUGAGGUGAAAUAUGAGUGCCUUUCGGAUGAGAUAAAAAUUGGGGAUUAUUACUUGCGAUUGCUGCUUGAGGAGGACGAAAACGAAGAAUCGAGUGCCAUCAAGAGAUCAUACGAGUUCUUCAACGAACUCUACCACCGCUUUUUGCUCACACCCAAAGUUACAAUGAAGUGCCUGUGCCUGCAGGCACUCGCAAUAGUCUAUGGCAAGUGCUAUGAAGAGAUUGGCCCCUUCACCGACACAAAAUACAUUGUGGGGAUGCUGGACCGGUGUACAGACAGACUGGAAAGAGACAGACUCAUACUCUUCCUCAACAAGCUCAUUCUCCACAAGAAAAACGUGAAGGAUGUGAUGGACUCAAAUGGAGUUCGUAUUUUGGUGGACCUGCUCACUUUGGCACAUCUGCAUACAAGCAGAGCUACCGUGCCGCUACAGAGCAACGUGCUGGAGGCAGCACCAGAUAUGAAGAGGGAAAGCGAGAAGGAGUGGUACUUUGGUAAUGCAGACAAGGAGAGAAGAGGACCUUUCAGCUUUGAGGAGAUGCAGGAGUUUUGGAGUACAGGUGUGCUGACAGCAAAGACACGCUGCUGGGCUCAGGGGAUGGACGGAUGGCGCCCCCUGCAGGCCAUUCCUCAAUUGAAGUGGUGCCUCCUGGCCACAGGGCAGGCAGUGAUGAAUGAGUCUGACCUGGCCACCCUCAUCCUUAACAUGCUCAUCACGAUGUGCUCGUACUAUCCCAGCAGGGACCAAGACAAUGCCAUUAUCCGUCCUUUACCUAAGAUCAAGAGGAUGAUUGCUGACAAUGCCUGUCUCCCACACAUUGUCCAGCUGCUCUUAACCUUUGACCCCAUUCUGGUGGAAAAGGUUGCCAAUGUUCUGUACCUGGUGAUGCAGGACAACCCCAACCUGCAGCGUCUCUAUUUGACUGGUGUCUUCUUCUUCAUCAUGAUGUACACAGGCUCCAACGUGCUUCCUGUGGCAAGAUUCCUGAAGUACACUCAUCUGAAACAAGCAUUCAAAUCAGAGGAGUCUAAGGGUCAGGACAUUGUGCAGCGUAGUGUUCUGGGACCUGUGUUGCCUGAAGCCAUGGUGUGUUAUCUGGAGAACUACGAGGCCGAGCGAUUCUCUGAGAUUUUUCUGGGAGAAUUUGACACGCCAGAGGCCAUUUGGAGCAGUGAGAUGAGGCGGAUGAUGAUAGAGAAGAUAGCGGCCCAUGUUGCUGACUUUAGCCCCAGGCUGCAGAGCAACACGCGGGCCCUUUACCAGUACUGUCCCAUCCCAGUCAUUAGCUUCCCUCAGCUGGACAAUGAGCUCUUCUGCAACAUCUACUACCUCAGACAUUUGUGUGACAGCACCCGCUUCCCUGACUGGCCUAUCCGAGAUGCUGUGAAGCUGCUUAAAGACACUCUUGAAGCCUGGAAGAGGGAAGUGGAGAAGAAGCCUCCUUCAAUGUCUGUGGAUGAUGCCUAUGAAGUCCUCAACCUCCCCAAAGGACAGGGGCAGCAUGAAGAGAGUAAAAUCAGGAAAGCCUACUUCAGGCUGGCACAGAAGUACCAUCCUGACAAAAACCCAGAAGGCAGAGAUAUGUUUGAAAAAGUUAACAAAGCCUAUGAGUUCCUCUGCACAAAGUCUGCACGAAUCGUGGAUGGCCCCGACCCAGAAAACAUCAUUCUCAUCCUCAAAGCCCAGAGCAUCCUGUUCAACCGGCAUAAACAAGAAUUGGAGCCUUACAAAUACGCUGGUUAUCCCAUGCUCAUCAAAACAAUCACAAUGGAGACGGAAGAUAAUCAGCUUUUCUCAAAAACGUCCCCUCUUCUCCCGGCUGCUGCUGAACUCGCCUUCCACACUGUAAACUGCUCGGCUCUUAAUGCAGAGGAACUGCGACGGGAGAACGGCAUUGAGAUAUUGUUGGAGGCUCUGUCUCGGUGUGUUGCUGUAUUAACUGCGUCCAGCAAGCCUGAUGACAUGGCUGUACAGGUGUGCGGGCACAUCUGUAAGUGCUACAGUGUAGCAGCUCAGUUUGAGGAAUGCAGGGAAAAAAUCAUCGAAAUGCCCAAUAUCAUCCGAGACCUCUGUCACAUCUUGUACUAUGGAAAGGGUCUCCCGAAGACUGCAGCCCUGACGGUUCAGUGCGUCAGCUCCUUUGCGGUGGAUUUCUUCCUACAGACCCAUCUGUACCACGCUGGUGUGCUUUGGCACCUGCUGGUCUAUCUGUUCAACUACGACUACACUCUAGAGGAGAGUGGCGUGCAGGCUAGUCAGGACACAAACCAGCAGGAGGUCGCUAACAACUUGGCCAAACUCAGCCUCAUAGCCCUGAGCCGUCUGGCAGGCUACACACCAACGCCACAAAGCCCUGAUGGAAACAACCCUGUUUCAGAGACCAAUGGCAUAGAGGGUACGCCUCCAGAGAACCCCACUAUCCGAAAGAGCUUAGCAGCCAUGCUGACUCCAUACAUCUCAAGGAAGCUGGGCACGACAUCUCCUGCUGAGGUCUUGAAGUUGCUGAACAGUAACUCGGAGAAUCCCUACCUGAUCUGGAACAAUGGGACACGAGCCGAGCUGCUGGAGUUCCUGGAGAGUCAGCAGGAGGGAAACAUCAAAAGGGGAGAAAAUGAUAAAAGCUUUGGUGCUGAGUUUGUGUUCAGUGAUCACAGCAAGGAGCUCAUAGUGGGUGAGAUUUUUGUCCGAGUCUACAAUGAACAGCCAUCUUUUCCACUGGAGUACCCAAAAGCAUUUGCAGCCAGUCUGCUGGACUAUGUUGGCUCCCAGGCUCAGUACCUCAACACUCUACUGGCCAUGAGUCAGAGUAACAAGGUAGAGUCCCAGCAGCACGCUGAGAGGCUUCGCUUUGCUGAGAUGGCUUUAGAGGCCCUCCGUAAUGUCAUCAAGAACAACCCUGGAUCGGAGUCGGAGUGCAUCGGUCACUUCAAGCUGCUCUUCUCCUUGUUGCGGGUUCAUGGAGCUGGUAGAGUGCAACAGCUGGUUUUGGAGGUUGUGAAUACAGUGACAUCAAAUCAAGAGUGUGUGAGCAACAUCGCUGAAUCUCUGGUGUUGUCCAACCUUCUGGUGCUGCUGCACUCACUUCCUUCCAGCAGGCAGAUGGUGCUGGAAACCCUCUAUGCACUCACGUCUAACACAAAGAUCGUCAAAGAGGCAAUGGCCAAAGGUGCUCUGAUCUAUUUGCUGGACCUCUUCUGUAAUUGCACACACCCCCAGGUUCGCACACAGACUGCAGAGCUCUUCUCAAAGAUGACUUCAGACAAGCUGGUUGGGCCAAAGGUGCGUCUAACACUGAUGCGUUUCCUCCCUGGUGUAUUCAUGGAUGCCAUGCGGGACAAUGCUGAGGCAGCAGUUCACAUAUUUGAGGGAACGCACGAAAACCCUGAGCUCAUCUGGAAUGACAGCUCAAGGGAGAAAGUGUCUACUACUGUCCGGGAGAUGAUGCUUGAGCACUUUAAACAGCAGAAAGAUAAUCCUGAUGUGAACUGGAAAUUGCCAGAAGACUUUACAGUGGCUUAUGGAGCCGGACAGGGUGAGCUUGAAGUUGGUGGAGUCUUCUUGCGCAUCUUUAUUGCUCAGCCUGGGUGGGUGCUACGCAAGCCUCGAGAGUUCCUGGUGUCACUUCUGGAAACCCUGACUGAGCUCCUGGAGAAGAACAAUCCCAAUGGUGAGGCCCUGGAGACGGUUACCACAGCGGCAGUUUGUCUGUUCAGCACACAGUGCCAGCUGGCCGACCAGGUCCCUCCUCUGGGCCACCUGCCUCGGAUCUUGGCGGCACUCAACCACAAGAACAAUGCCGUGCCUAAGAGCUCCAUCCGCCUCAUCCAUGUACUAUCAGAUAAUGAGCUGUGUGUACGGUCCAUGGCUUCUCUGGAGACUAUUGGCCCUCUGAUGACCGGGAUGAAGGUUCGGGCGGACAUGGCUGGAUUGGCUUGUGAAGCUCUCAACCGCAUGUUCCAGAAGGAGCAGACAGACCUAGUUGCCCAGGCUCUGAGGGUGGAGCUGGUUCCAUACCUCUUGAAAUUACUGGAAGGAAUCGGCCUGGAGACGUUAGAAAACCCUUCAGCUACUAAGGCCCAGAUAGUUAAAGCUCUGAAGUCCAUGACUCGUAGUCUACAGUAUGGAGAGCAGGUGAACGAAAUUCUUGCAAAGUCUUCAGUAUGGAGUGCCUUCAAAGACCAGAAACACGAUCUUUUCAUCUCAGACUCUCAGACUGCAGGUUACCUGACAGGGGUUUCCACUCCUUCUCUCCUGGCCGCCAGCAGCCCACUGCGAGGUGGGCUCUAGACUCCUGAACUGGGCCCUCACAGCCCUCCUCUCUUUUGCUCUGAUGCAGGUCCAGGAGUAGCAGGUUACCUUACAGCAGGAACGGGCACCACAGUAAUGCCCAACGUCCCACCCCCUGUGGACAAUGACACUGGAGACCAAGGCUGAAGGACACGCACAAUGAAAGGCUCAGGCACCCAGAGUGCAGCUUCACGGCCGCAGCUCAGAGAGGGACUGUUCAGCUCCCCACAUGGAGGGGAUGUUGAGAGGAAAACAAAACAAAAGAAAAAAGAAGAGUGAGAGAGCGGGCCAUCAUUGACUGUCACCAAAACCUCUGCGACACCUCCUGCAGCGUCACUCUGCUUUGCCCCUUACAAAUGACACUCAAGUCUUCAGAAAUGCUUUGUUUUAAUGGAUGACCACAUUUGUUUAGUUUCUGUUCUACUUUUCUUAUUUCUUCUAAUGACAGAGAAGACUUUACUUUUUGUAUGAAUAUAUUUUUUACUCUUGAUUUUUUUUUUUUCAUUAGACAGCCAUGGGAAGACUGAGGCUUCUUUUUUGUUAUUUUUUUUUUCUCUUUGGCAUAUCCUGAUUGGCUACCUUAACCUUACAUCUCCUUUGAGGCCUCAUUUGUGACGAAUAAGUGCACAGGACCUAUCCACCACUGAAAUAAACAUUUUGUUUACCUGUCUAUAUUAACGCAUUCUCAUGUGGAAAAGAAAAAAAAAAUCACGGGACAUGAAGGAUGUGUAUGAUUUCUCUGGCCUGUUUCUCCAAAAGAAAAUGCCACUUUAACCCCUUAGACCUGCUGACCUCUGGUCUGCUUUGAUCAGGUCACCUUCAGUCCUCUUCUGUCAAAGAUGACACAGAGCUCUCAUAAUAUCCAGCCUCUUUUUCCUCUGAUCUUAUUCAUACUUCAUUCUGCUCUCUCUUUGAAGGCUACUCUUUUCUGCCUCAUAUUUUUUAAAGUAACUCUCCCCCAGAAUGCAAAAAGCACUAGAAUAUUUAUGAGUGAAUAAUAACCACCUGAAAUGAGCUUCUGCUGACAUGACGAAUGACAUUGACUCUGAUUACCAAUCUAUGUGAAAGACUAGUGCAAUUUGUGAAAUGUUCAAUGUAAUAUUGCGUAUAUAAACUUUAUAUUGAAUGUACAUUGAAAAAAAAAAUCAGUCGACACUUGUACAUAAAAUUUUAAGAAUAAAAGGGAACCCACAGUGUU